GCGAUAAAGCCUCACAACGCCUGGUGCACAUUCGUCACCUGGGUCCCGCCGGCGGAUGGGUCCGACCACGACGAGUUUACGUACGAGAUGAAUCUCAGGAUCGUCGGUGAGGAGAACUCUCUGCUGGUGACCGGCAUCGGUCAGGAGCCACAAGUGCAGCUGAAUGGCCUUGAGUCGGGGAAGACCUACGAGUUCCAGGUCCGCGCCUGCAACGCCAUGGGUUCCGGCGAGUGGAGUCAUUGGUCUGACAGCUAUGUCGUGCCGCAUCCGCUCCAGAUCGUUCCAAGGAACGACUAUGGGGAGCUCAUAGAACCUCUGUCCUCAUCGGAGUGCCCACACUCGAUCAAGCUGGAAUGGGACGAGCCGUGCAGCCAGGGCGCACCCAUCAUCGGCUACAGAAUCCAGUACAGCCUGGAUCCUUCAGACGAAGGGGCAUCGGAGACCAUCACAUCGCUGCACAGGCGGACGAACCUGGUCGUCUCCGACCUGAAACCCAGCCACCUCUACUUCUUCCGGGUGCAAGCGCUCAAUGAGGUUGGUUGCUCAGAGUGGACAACCUGGUCCGACGGAAUCGCAACCAAG